CGAUUUGUACCACAAAAGAAACUAGGAGAAAUUGGAAACAAACGACAAAAAUAUAUUUGAUAAUCAACCAUUAAAUAUGUUUCCUAUGAAUUGCCAAAUAUAUCGUUUGUCGUUAUCUUUUUGAAUCUCUUGUGAUUUGUUUCUGAUUUCAUCUAUCCACCUCUUAUCGUCCUCAUUCUUCUCUUUAUCAUAAUUUUGCUUUAUAUGUCAGCAUGAAAGAGAUCAAAGUCCUCAUCGGAGGAAUUUUUUUUCGAAGUCAACCGUGUGAAAAUUUUUAAAUUAUUUUUAUGGAAGACCGUGUGAGUGAAGAGUCGCGACAAAAUAAUCUUCUAGUCAUUGGCCAAAGUAGUUGUUCUAGCUAAUCUUGCAUGAUUUCCAUGAGCUAUGGAAGUCACUAUGAUCUAUGUAUUUGCUACAUUUGAGAAGAGAGAGUCACAUUGGUGGCUCGAUGCAAAUAUUUGCUGGCUCAAAAAUGUCCCGAUGACUCACCAUUAAUCAAUACAUGAGAAUGAGCAGUAAAAAUAUAAGUGAGUAUUCAAUCCAUCAAUUUAGUAGAAAAAUCUAUUUAGAAUAACAAUACCAACAACAUACUACUCCCCAUUAAUAUAAUCGUAUGCUGCCUUUUCAAUAUCGAAUUCAAAUAUCACAUUCUUCCCUCUUAUCCAAGGGGAAAAAACUUGUCCAUGAAAAAUAAUCUAUUCGAGAACCAACAAAAAAAAAAUUUUGUGUGUGACAAGUGGCAUUUUAACCUCAGCAUGAAACGGAUAUUGAACCGUUACUAGUCAUAAUUGCAACUUUACUUUAGGCAUUCCAAUAAGUAAUUGCUAUGUUGACUCUUUAUUUAACUUCCAUAUGUGUACUUCAAUUUCAAUAGUUCAUUUAGUUCUCCUCUUUAAUGCAUAUUUAAAAUGUCAGUCAUGUAUUGUUGACCCCUUUUUCCCACACUUUUUUCUUUAAUUUUUAUUUUAUUCUUUUUCGUUGGAUGAUCUAAUUAAUUAAUUUUUAUUUUAGAUAGGAUCUUCUCCUUAUUCUUUUUUUUUUCAUUGUCAUCUUUACAAUAAAUAUUUUUUGAUCGUAUCUUUACAAUAAAUAUGUUGCUUGGUAUUAACAUGUUCCUGUGGGGUUUAGGUGUGCAUUGAAUUGAUGUUUUGAGUCUAAUUAGGUUUUAGUGUUUUACUCAUGAUACUCAUACAUUGGUUCUUCUGGGGGAGAAUUAUGCAGCAACAUCAAGGGUGGAUCCUUCCUUGUGACUUGUAUGUGGCUACAUGCCGGCAUAAUCCAUCUCGUUGCCAAUAUGCUGAGCUUGGUCUUCAUCAUUGAUGUUUCGUCUUGAGCAGCAAUUUGGAUUUGGUAAUGGUCAAGAAAAUGAAAGCAAGGAAAACCAAAAUGAAAAAUCAACUAAAAUAUGAAUUAGCUUCGCCCGGGUUCGAACACCUUUAGUGUGCAAUUUGAAUUUGGUAAUGGUCAGAAAAUGAAAGCAAGGAAAACCAAAAUAAAAAAUCAACUAAAAUAUGAAUUGGCUUCGCCCGGGUUCGAACCGGAGACCUUCAGUGUGUUAGACUGACGUGAUAACCAACUACACCACGAAACCUAUUGAUAUUUUAAUACGACGAAAUAUUCAACUCACAGUCAUAAAGCUCCCUGAACUGGAAAGGCAUGCCUCCGCCAUUGUUUACCGACUCAACUAAUCAGGACUCAGGAGAGUUAAAUAUUCGUGAUUUAUGGUCAUCAACUAAUCAAUCAACCGAGAAAAAAGAAAACAAUUGUCCACUCUCCCUGAAAAAUGGGCUUCCUGAAUUUGGCGGCCACGGUAUUUGGAGUGGUGACCCUGCUCCUAUUUGGGGCAGCAUUAGCAGCAGCGGCGGCGGCAGGUGGAGCCCUGGACUGCACCACCGUGACAGGACUGAUCUCGGCGUGCUCCGCUUUCAUCACGUACGGCUCGCCGGACCCACUUCCCGGCUCCCCUUGCUGCGAAGCCAUGACGACGCUGGGGACGGUGGCGGAGACCGGCGGGAGCAGCGGCGGCGUUUGCAGGUGCCUCUUGGGCCUCAUCGCCACCUACAACCCCAACGCCACGGCCAUCGCUACUCUCCCGGGCUUUUGUGGGAUCGACAUGGGCUUCAUCAUUGACCCAAAUACCGAUUGCGCUUAUGCUCCAUGAUAUGAUUAAGGGUCGCUUGUGGAAAGAAGAAAUGGUGUAGGCUAGGCUAGAAGGAAAAUGUUGGAAACUUGGAAUAAGUGAAAUGUUUUUGCUUAACCUAAUUUACAUUUCCUAUGGUAAGUCAGAAACUAUAUAUACAAUAUAUAUAUAUAUAUAUACCGAUAUCAAUAUCUUAAUAGUUUUCUGGUAAGAGCUCCCCUGCUACUACUGUUAAUGAAGCUAGAAAUGAUAUGAUUCAAGCUACAGUAGUCCUUUUUCCAAUUGUCGAGACACCUCCCCGUUGUUCAAAGAACAACAUUAUUGUACCGGAAAACCCUGUCUCUGGUCGAUGAAAACAACAGAGGAAUGGGGAAGGAUUUUGCUUUCUCGUGAUGCAUUCAUGCAUGCAAUGAAUGUCCCCUUCUUCCUAGCUGCUGCUAGAACACUCUGCCUCUCCCUCGAAAUCUGCAACCAUGUGUUAUGUCAACAACAGUAAUUCAUCGAGUAGAGACAAACCCCAUCACCGCUAACUCAUGUUCAUUUCUUUUCCUUUUGGUAUUUGCAUAUGGACAAAACAAAUCAGAGAGAAAGUUGUGUUUUACUGAGAUUUUGGGGGGUUCAUUUCAAAACAUUCCUACACUCUGCCCCCUGCCAUUGGAGUUUUGUGGGUAUCCAAAGUUGCAAACUUUUUCCGACUCCAUGUGGGAUGCAGAAUGGGAAGCUGUUCCUUCCCAGCGAGAUCUCGUUUUAUUGCAAUUCUGUUUGUCACUCUUGUUUUUAAUGCCCUGAGAUCCAGACAAAAGCGUCAUUCUCUGGCAUUCAUGAGGGCUCGUGAGGUCACAGUGGAAGGGAAGAGGAAGAAACUAUGGGCGCAGCAAAAAGAGAGGAAGUUGCAGCUCAAAACAAAACGGGUAAUGAAGUUCUGUCACUACUCACUAUACCAUUUCAUUUUAACAAGCACAAAGUUGAUGAAUUUUGUUCAUUACCUUACGAGUGUGAUCAAUUCAUGCUUAAUAAGUGGACAAUAAAGAUAUUACUCAUAGAAAAUGUGCCGAGUAAAUGAUUCAUCUGAAU